AUGCUGCUUGUCCUCCGGCUCAUCAACCGUCUAAAAUCCUGUCCUACCUACCUGCCACACAGCGUUCCUGUCAAUGUGCAGAGAUCCAGUUUCUUCCAAUCCGCCGAUGUUAUGGCGUCGUGCCUACACCUGCACACUACCACGGGCACCACGUCCAUGAACAAGGCACUGGUUGAGUCUCUGGGUGUGCUUCUGGUGGCCCAGGAGCCGUCUGUGUGGUCUGAACCGGCCACGGGCAAGAUGUUCAAUUUGCUGUUACAAACCACCGCCGAUCCUCGGCCAAAGAUUAGACACAGAGCUGUGGACACCUGCGCGCGUAUCCUCAAGAACCCGCCAUUCCCAUUACAGACACACCCCUCUGCACAGGACACCGCCAACGUGCUUAAGACACGGCUACUCGAGAGCGUUACCGAGAAGGACUCGACCACCACCAUCCACACCUUAUCACUCCUGGUGCGCGUCAUCUCGUACCUGCCAGCGCAAUCCGUCAAAUCAACAUGUGAGGCUGUCCUCCGGGUGCUCCAAAGUGGCCAAGCACAGGCUAAUCAGCUCUGCUUCCAAGCGUUCCAAGCCCUGUUCGCAGCGGGUACAGACUCCACUAUCAGCCCUGAACUUGGUCGUCAGCUCGUGCUUGCGCUGUUUGAGUACAAACCUAAUGUCAACGAUGUGGAGCUCUAUUCUUCCUGGUAA